AUGGCGCCGCCAGCAGAGCCAGACCUCUCCGCGGCUGCAGAGGGCCCUGAACCAGAUGCGGACCCUUCAUUGACCGAGACCGUUGCGCCGCAGCCCGUCGACCCGAUCUCCUCCCAGCGCUCCCGGUGCUGCACAGCAGAGCGGCCCUGCUCCGAAGACGAGGCCGUCGCGCCGACGCAAGCUCCCGAGCCAAUACCACGCCCCAGCAUCCUCCCCGAUGCCGAGAAAGAUGCAGACCCGGCAUUGACGGAGACCGUCAUGCCCCAGCCUGUCUCCCCGAGAUCCUCCCAACGGCAAAGAUGGUACUCCUUCGAACGCCCUGGUUCCGAGUCCGAAGCCAACGCGCCAACGCCAACCGCAGCGCCAACCACACCUACCACACCCACCACACCGACAACCCCUCUCUCCAAACGCGCCACCCACCUCUACAUAACUUCCUACCUCAUAUUUUUCUCCCUCCUUGGCACCCUCGCCCGCCUCGGCCUCCAAGCCCUCACCUUCUACCCCGGCGCCCCCGUCGUCACCGGCGUCCUCUGGGCCAACGUCACCGGCAGCCUCCUCAUGGGAUUCCUGGCCGAAGACAAGAAACUCUUCCAACAAGAAUGGGACACACCACCUGCCCCGCCAAAAGACGGACCCGAGGCCGCGGAGCGCGCCAAGACCCACCUGGCCGUGAAGAAGACCAUCCCGCUCUACAUCGGCCUGACGACAGGCUUCUGCGGCUGCUGUACGUCUUUCUCGAGCUUCAUGCGCGACGUCUUCCUCGCGCUGGCAAAUGCCCUGCCGGACCCCUCGCUCCCGGCGGGGGCGGGGAUCGCCCCUCGCCAUGGCGGGUAUAGCUUCAUGGCGUUGGUCGCCGUGCUGCUGGUGACGGUCUCGCUGUGCCUAUCGGCGCUGAUCGCUGGCGCGCAUCUGGCGCUCGUGCUGGCGCCGAUCACGCCCACCGUGCCCUUUGCGCUGACGCGCCGUGUGCUGGACCGCGCGGUCGUGUUCCUGGCGUGGGGCUGCUGGCUCGGCGCCGUGUUCCUGGCGAUCUGGCCGCCGGACCGGCAUGGGGGUGCCGAGACGUGGCGCGGCCGGGCGGUGUUCGCGCUGGUGUUUGCGCCGGUGGGGUGUCUGGUGCGGUUCUAUGUGUCGAUGCUCUUGAACAGCCGGGUGCCGUCGUUCCCGCUGGGGACAUUCGCAGUGAACAUGCUGGGGACAGCGGUCGAGGGGUUGUGCUACGAUCUGCAGCAUGUGUCGGGCCUGGGGGCGGUGGUACCGGGUGCGUUGACGGGGUGCCAGGUCUUGCAAGGCGUGAUGGAUGGGUUUUGUGGGAGUGCGACGACAGUUAGUACGUGGGUGGCGGAGCUGAAUGGCGUGGCGAGGAGGAGGCAGGCGUACUUGUAUGGCGGGGUGAGCGUGGGGGUUGGGCUGGGCUUGCUGGUGGUGAUCAUGGGGAGUUUGUUAUGGACGAGGGGCUUUGCGGAGCCGGUGUGUGGGUGA